AUGAGCCGCUCAGGUUUCUUCUGGUCCGGCAAACGGCAAGAAGAGCGAAUCAGCGAGCGCCUUGCCAAUGUCGAAUCAGCAGUCAUUCAAUGUCUGGGAGAGGUGCAGGUCGAUGAGUGUGACUGUUGCAAGAAGUCAUACGGGCCCUGGGCGAAGUGUAUUCGAAUGAGCGACGGUGAAGGCGAUCUCCUUGCGUGCGGUAACUGCCGGUGGAAUGGGAACUACAAGCGUUGCACCUUUUGGCAAGCAGAACAGGACGAAAAAACCCUGGCUGGUGGCGCAAGUGGCCACCGUCGUGCCAAGCCCUCAAUCAGCAAGGACAUGACCAAGAAUGCGUUCAAUGAGAUUGAAAAGCUCCGCAAUGCCGUCGUGGAUAUUGCUGGACAGAUCAAACAGUUAUGCCAGGGCCAACAGCAGGGACUAGACGAAAACCGGACGGAGCAAGUGGCGACACUAACUGACCAGAUCCAGGAUGUCAUGAACUCCACCAAGCCUGCGCAUGAAACCCUGCGCAAGGUGUGCAUUCCAUGCCUUCCUGGCUCUAGCAAUCGCUAG